AUGGCGGAGAGCCCGGCGGCCGAGGACGCGGCCCCGGCUCCGGCCGCGGUGCUGGCGGCGGGCGGCGGCAGCGCCUCCCCCAGCGCCGCCGGCGCCGCGGGGACCCCCGGCGUCUUCAUCCCCGCCGAGCUCUGGGCGGCGGCGGGGUUCGGCGCGGCCGCGGCGCCCGGCAGCGGCGCGGCUCCCGGCGGCGGCGGCGGCGGCGGCGCUCCCAUGGCGGCGGCGGCGGCGGCGGGGGCCGCGCUCCUCACGCACUCCGCCUUCUGGGACCCCACGGUGAGCGGCGACUGGGACAGCGAGCGGCCCAGCCCGGCCUGCCUGCUGCGGAUCAAACGGGAUAUCAUGUCCAUCUACAAGGAGCCUCCCCCGGGAAUGUUCGUGGUGCCUGAUCCCCACGACAUGACCAAGAUCCACGCGCUGAUCACGGGUCCCUUUGACACCCCCUACGAGGGCGGCUUCUUCCUGUUCCUGUUCCGCUGCCCCCCGGACUACCCCAUCCACCCGCCCCGCGUCAAGCUCAUGACCACGGGCAACAACACCGUCAGGUUCAACCCCAACUUCUACCGCAACGGCAAGGUCUGCCUCAGCAUCCUGGGCACGUGGACAGGCCCGGCCUGGAGCCCAGCCCAGAGCAUCUCCUCAGUGCUGAUCUCCAUCCAGUCCCUGAUGACUGAGAACCCGUACCACAACGAGCCCGGCUUCGAGCAGGAGCGGCACCCCGGGGACAGCAAGAACUACAACGAGUGCAUCCGGCACGAGACCAUCCGGGUGGCCGUGUGUGACAUGCUGGAGGGGAAAUGUCCCUGCCCCGAGCCCCUCCGGGGUGUCAUGGAGAAAUCCUUCAUGGAAUAUUUGGAUUUCUACGAGGGUGUGUGCAAGGAGAGACUCUACCUGCAGGGCCAGACCAUGCAGGACCCGUUCGGGGAGAAGCGCGGGCACUUCGAUUACCAGGCGCUGCUGGGGCGGCUGCAGGGGCUGCGGGCGCGGCUGCAGGAGCGGCAGCAGCAGGACAGCGCCGACAUGGACUCGGAGAGCAGCUCCUCGGAGCCCGAGCCGGACACUCAGACCUGCCCCAAGGUUUAGCUACGCCCUGAGCCGGGC